AUGAUAGAUGAGUUGGCUUUAGCAUCUUUGGAUGCUUUGAGGAAAAAUACAUUAGUUGUAGUUGCAGAAGGAAACUAUGGAGAAUAUGGUCUUCGAUCCAUUGAAAGCAGUCCCCGAUGGUGUUUGACGGUUGCAUCAUGCAGCCCUAAGGAGAAAUUUAGAAGUACAGUAAAAUUUGCAUCAGAUGCACCAGUUACAUUAGAGGAUAUUGAGGGGUAUUCAAUUAGCAUGUCUUCAUCAGGUUUAAAUGAGGAUGAUGAUUAUCGAUUAGUAAGGACGGAUGGUGAUAUAAAAAAUAGAAAAUGCAUCAUGGUUAUAGAGGAUGAUUAUAUUGUGAUAAGACCAUCCUCAAUGGAAUACAAUUACCCAACUGAAGUGCCGCUCGUACAAAUUACAAAAGAGACCAGCAAUAUACUUUGCAAUUACUUUGAAUUGGUUGCUGCACAAGAAGGGAAUCUACUUGCUUUUAUCAAAGCCUCGUUGAGGGAACUUGUUAUUGAUACACCUUUGGUAUCUGAGUUUUCUGGUCGUGGACCAUGCAGUUUCUUCACAGAGUUCAUGAAGCCUGAUCUAUCUGCUCCUGGGGAACAUGUUGCUGGUUGUUGGCCAAUUGAUGUGCCUUUAGGAAACCCCAAGGUUCCUUAUUUUUUUGAAUACAACGUCUUGUCAGGGACGUCUUUUGCCACUCCCCUGGUUGCUUCUGGUGUUGCUACGCUUAUAGUGGAAAAGAAUUUCACAGUUUCUGCAACUAUUUCUGCCGCUAUGACUACUGCUGAUAAAUUGCAUGAUAAAGAUUUAUUUCCAUACGAGUUCGCUUAUGGGGCUGGAGUUUUCAACCUAGAAAAAGCAAUGCGGCCUGGUUUAGUUUAUGAAGAAACGGCAGAUAAUUUUGAGAAAUAUUGCUAUCCACAUAGAAACUUUGAUAAAUUUUGUUUUAACCUUAAUCUGCCAUACUGUUCGGCUACAUUUCCUUCCGGUAGUCAAGGUUGGGAUUGCAAAUUCUACAGAAAGCUGAGGAGUGUCGAAAAAGGGCGAUGUACCUACUUUGCUAAGGUCAAAUUUCGUGUUGCAACGAUAAAGGUGCCUCUUGGGUCCAUUGAAUUUAAGGUUGUUCCAGAUACAUUAACAUUUGAGGGUGAAAAUGAUGAACAAUCUUUUGCAUUGUCGAUAUAUCUGCCGAACACAGAUUCUUCAAGGUAUUCAUUUGGUCUCGUUUCGGGUUCGUUGAUAUGGGUUAAGGAGACCGAGGAAGCAGAUGAAGCAGAGUUGGUUGUUGAUUCUCCAAUUAUCUUGUCAUCCAGAAAUAUUCCAUAUCAAUAG